AUGGGAAAGGCAGGAGACGUGGCCUUUGCUGCGGGGAUCCUAAAGGACUGCUUUGGCCGCGGCGGCGACUUCACCGUGGUGGUGGAAGCGCCGGAAGGUGGUGAUAGCGGCGGGUCGGAGGUCAGGCGAGUCGAGUUCAAAGUGUGGUCCCAACUACUGGCCCGAUGGUCUGCCGUCUUUGACAGAAUGAUCAACUCUGAGGGAUUUGUGGAGGGUCAGACGGCUCAGAUGGUCAUCACAGACUUCUCCAGUAGAGCGGUGGAGAUCUUCCUUCGUUUUCUCUACUCCGGGGUGGUAGAGGGCCCUCUUGAAACCCUGGUGGAAGUUUGCUCCUUGGCGGACAAAUACCAGGUGCAAAGGCUCCAGGAGCUUUGCACGGAGGCUUUCUACGUCGGCCUGAACCCGCAGAAUGCCCUCCGGCUCUUUGCCGCUGCCGCCCGCUUUCGGCUGGCAGACUGGCGCAGACAGGCGCUGGAGGAGAUCUGGAUCUUUGCCGAGGAUGUGCUGACAGAAUGCCCGAACAUCAGCCCUGAACUCCUGGAAGAGAUUCUCGCACCCGGGCUGAUCUGCAUGAGCCGUCCUGAUUUCAGGGCAGUCUUGCAAGCGUGGAGCUCUGGCAGGAAACGGAAGGCAGGCUCAGACGAAGCCUUGCCUUGGUCAUUGCAGCCGGUCAUCGAGAGACACCUGGAACGCUUGAACGAUGAAAGCGCGCGGAUUUUGUCGAGGUAUGGGCCAGAUUAUGGGUCGGAUAUGGGUUUUUUAGACCAGAAUGUCUUCAAAAGUCUUUUCAGAAGUUACAAAGACAUGCAGGGUUCAGCACCCUUUUUUGGCUACUAUCUGCAGGUAGCUUUCGGACCGAAGAGCUGGAAUUUUUGCUCGAGAAACCCAGAGCCGCUGGAAGACUACUUCAGCAAUCGUAAACCCUUCUCUCUGACCGCAGAUUCAAUAUCAUGGAUGCUGCCUUACGAGUCCGUUUAUCUCAUGGGCCUCUGUUUCGCCGCGGACAUGCCGGAGGAAGUCCACUGCCGGGUCUUCUGCUCUCAGGAUGGUCUCAGCUGGCAUCUUGCUGCCGACUCAGGGAAGUCCAAGAUCGAAGCAGAGACAUGGCUGCCUCUCAGCCGUCCCUCUUACCUUGUGAAGUGGUUCAAACUGGAAGUCCUAGAAGGCGACUUCCACAACAACUUGUGUGUUCAAGGUAUCCGCAAGGACGAUCUGCCCGCAUAA